AUGGAAGAUGCCAUGGUUCCUUAUUCUCUUAGAUUAUUCAAGUACAAUUCGACCCAAAAUUUGUUUGAAUUAAUUUCACAAGAUGUUCCAUUGGACUCUAUUUCGAGUUUUUCUUUCGAUUUGGAACAAUUAUUGGCCUCAAAAAGUCAGAAAUUCACAAUAGGAUUGUGUACUUAUAAGGGUACAAAAGGUGUAGUUGGAGAUUUGGUUUAUGCUCACUACCCGAGAAUUGUUAAUUUUUACCUUAACAACUUUGUAAUCUUGUCAAUUUACUUUAAAGCAGUUUUCACAACAGCAAUCAUGUACGAAAAGAGACCUUACUUUACAAUUAAUAAUUAUGUUCCAAAAAAUGUCAAGGGAUUGAAUGAUUUUGUAAUUUUACACAGUUUCAUGCAACAAAAUGGAAAUGGAUUGGAAACGAUUGGAUACGAUGAUGGAAGAAAGUUUACCUUUCCAAUAGAUUCAAUCUCAGGAGCAUUUGUAGAUACAUCUGGUAGAUCAGUAACUUUUAAAUUUGAACAUGUCAGAUGUGUCUAUUGA